CAUAGCUAAACAUAUUUUCUGAAAUGGAAUACAUGAGCAAACUAUUCAACUAGCUAGCCAUCUAUGGGUACAUGACAGGAAUGCUAGCUAGCUACGUUAGCUUGCUAGGUACAUUAAUAGUUUUAGAUUGGUUGUUUUUAAGCUCAACUUCAACAUUUCCACCAAGGACGUUGCCUCUCAGAUCAUCAUUAAGGUGUACCUCGGAUGUAAAACGUAAUUCCAGGGCUGAAGGUUUAGUGCCGAGGGUUGUUCACUUUGCGGUUGGACUUCAACCCAAUGUCGGGAUUCACCCCUGAUGACGUGUUUGUAUCAUAUGACACUUCUUUUGGACAGCUCUCUCUUCCUCUUUCUACCUACAGGACACUACAUCACACGGUACCACAACACCACGUUGAUAUUCUAGGCUCACUUGAUACAAUGGAAGAGGAAAGGAAGUCCAGGCGGUUCUGGUUCAUGGCUUUGAUCAUGUUCUUCUCUGUAUCCAGCGUGGAUGCAGUGUGGCCGAUGCCUCAGAUGAUCAGCACUUCCAUGGAUCGAUACACACUAAAUCCACGGGAGUUUAUUUUUCAGUACUCUAGUGGAUCAUCCGCGCAGUCCGGUUGUUCUCUUCUGGACUCGGCUUUCAAGAGAUACUUCCCGCUCAUCUUCCCGGAUUAUAGGGCAGGACCCAGACAGCCCGAUGAUUGGUUUAGGUUCCCCUUCACCGUUGUGGUCCAUGUGGAGAAAGCAGAAUGUGAGGGCUAUCCAGACGCAGACUCCUCAGAAAGCUACAAGCUGAGUGUGUGUUCAGGCCAGGCAGCACUGAGGGCGGAGACGGUGUGGGGAGCACUCAGAGGUUUGGAGUCAUUCAGUCAGCUGGUCUACCAAGAUGCCUCUGGGGAGUAUUUUGUGAAUAAGACUGAGAUAGAAGACUUUCCCCGCUUCCAGUUCCGAGGGAUAUUAUUGGAUACGUCACGUCACUACCUACCUUUACCAGCUAUUCUGAAGACCCUGGAUGCCAUGUCCUACAACAAGUUCAACGUGUUCCACUGGCACAUAGUGGACGACCCCUCCUUCCCCUACCAGAGUAGCACCUUCCCUGGCCUCAGCAGCAAGGGGGCGUUCCAUCCAUCGACCCAUGUGUACACCCAGAUAGACGUGAAGAGGGUGAUCGCCCACGCCAGACUCAGAGGCAUCAGGGUCCUUGCUGAAUUCGACUCCCCGGGACACACCCAGUCAUGGGGCAAAGGGCAGCCCGGCCUCCUGACCCCAUGCUAUAAGGGCACAGUUCCCACUGGGACGUUUGGUCCAGUGAACCCAGCAAACCCCUCCAGCUACCAGUUCAUGACCCGCCUAUUUAAAGAGGUCACCUCAGUGUUUCCUGACUCUUACAUUCACCUGGGAGGGGACGAGGUCGACUUCACCUGCUGGAAGUCCAACCCUGAUGUCCGAGGCUUCAUGCUGAAGAUGGGGUUCGGAACUGACUACACCAAACUGGAAUCGUACUACAUGGAAAACAUGGUGAACAUUACUAAGGGACUCAAGAAGACAGCCAUAGUCUGGCAGGACGUGUUUGACUACCAUGAAAAAAUCCCAGUGGACACGGUGCUCCACAUCUGGAAGGGUAGCCCAAGCCAGAUACAACAGGAGCUGAGUAGCAUCACCCUGGCUGGGUACAGGGUCAUACUGGCCGCCCCCUGGUACAUCAACCACAUCGCCUACGGACAGGACUGGACCAGAUACUACACCAUACUGCCACUCAACUUCACUGGUACAGAGCAGCAGAAGAAACUGGUGAUUGGUGGAGAGGUGUGCAUGUGGGGAGAAUAUGUUGAUGCUACCAACCUCUCUCCUCGUCUCUGGCCGAGGGCCAGUGCUGCUGCAGAGCGAUUGUGGAGUGAUGAGAAGAUGACCUCCAGUGUGACCGACGCCUUCCCUCGCCUCGUGGACUUCCGCUGCAGGCUACUAAGGCAGGGGUUCAGUCUGGUUUCCCCCAGAGGACCAGGACCUGGUGGUCUACACCACAUGACGACUAGGUCCAGGGAGACCUGAAGACUGAAGCUGGAGGAACUCAUCAAACUCCUUUCAUAUGAUCGUCUAAGACAGGGAUGUCAAACUCCUUUCAUAUGAUCGUCUAAGACAGGGAUGUCAAACUCAUUUCAUAUGAUCGUCUAAGACAGGGGUGUCAAACUCAUUUCAUGGAGGGCCGAGUGUGUGCUGGUUUUUGGUGUCUCCUUUCAAUUUGUGUCCAAUUAAGACCUAGACAACCAGGUGAGGGGUGUUCCUAACUAAUCAAUUAAGACCUAGACAACCAGGUGAGGGGAUUUCCUAACUAAUCAGUGACCUUAAUUAAUCAAUCAAGUAAAAGGGAGGAGAUGCUCUGCCCUUCAUGGAAUGAGUUUGACACGUGAUGCAACGACCAGCUGAGCCUGCCAUUCAUUGUUUUGUAGAUGUGAUUCUCUUCAUUUGUUUCAGUCCAACAGUGACUAUGAUGUGGUCUACUGUUUCUUAUCUGUUUUAUCUUGACAUUUCUAUUGUGCAAGUUUUAUCAUAUAAAAACUAACAUUUCUGGAUUUUAAUCAUAUAGAAUGUAUUGAAUGUUGACAUGUUUUUCUUAAGUUGAUAGAUUUCAUUGCAAUUUGUGUUCUAAGUUUUGUUUACCUUAGAACGGUGUGUUUCUGUAGCCUCCCUCUCCUCUACGGCCUUCCUCUACAGCUGUUUAGAGAGAAAACACUACCAAGGUCUCAGGGCUAGGACAUGAGGAUCUAUCAACGCAAUGAUCUAAAAGAUUACACUCAGAUUAGUUGUAGGGCAAUGUGAGAAUUCAAACAUUUUUGACUUGGCAUUUGGGUCAUUCUUGAAUUGCAGGUGUAAAUGCUGUCUCUUGACAUUGGCACCAUGUAAAAAUACUUUAAAAUGACAACAACAUGACAAAUAAUACAUUUUCCAUUUUAUUGAACUAUUAUUUAAUAAUAAAACACAUGGAAGUCCUUUAAACUGCAACAAAUCUAUUUGUAUGCAUUGUAGAAUCUACUGGGGGCAAAUUGGCUUGUCCCACUGGUGAUGUGUAGUGACAUGUUUUGGGGAUUUAGAGAUAUCUAUUAAUUAUUUUGAAUGCUAGAUGGUGAACAAAAGUAUUUAAUAUAUUGCAUAGGUCAAUAAAAACAAGGAAGGGUAUUAAAAUACCAGUUAGUUUUACUAGUAUAAUCUCUCUCUGUCCCUCAGUUUUAU